CGUUAAUGACCAAGAAAAGUAUAGCUAUGUCUUUAUUAGAGAAAUAAACUAUGCAAAAAAGGAGUGGCCUCAUGUGAAAGACGGGGAACACUCCUUGUAUAUAUAUAUUUGAUUCUUGGUUCAGUAAUAUUUCACACAAACUUACAAAUUCUCUUUCAAUAUCCUCUCAUGUGAAAUACUCCUUGUAUUUAUAUGUGUAUUUGAUUCUUGUUCAGUUCAUACAAAUUGUCUUGUCUCAUUCUUGACUAAUAUAAUACUAUGGUGAGCAAGAAAGCAAAAGUAGUGAUAAUUGGGGCAGGAAUGGCUGGUCUGACAGCUGCUAACAAACUGUAUACAACAGCAGGGUCGAAAGAAUUGUUAGAUGUAUGUGUAGUGGAGGGUGGCAAUAGAAUUGGUGGAAGGAUUAACACAUCAGAGUUUGGUGGUGAGAGGAUUGAGAUGGGUGCUACUUGGAUCCAUGGAAUUGGAGGGAGCCCUAUUUACAAGAUUGCUCGAGAUAUAAACUCAUUGCAAUCUGAUCAGCCCUGGGAGUGUAUGGAUGGGCUCUUAGAAACUGAGCAACUCACAAUAGCUGAAGAUGGUUAUGUGCUCAAUCCUUCCCUUGUUGACACCAUCUACAAUCUUUUCAACAAACUCAUGGAUAUUGCUCAAGGGAAAUUACUCAUUGAAGAUGAAAUUCCUAAAUCCAUGAGUAUUGGUUCUUUCCUUCGGAAGGGCCUUGAUGCUUAUUGGGAUUCAGAUAUUCAUGAACUCAAAGGGUUAGAUAAACGAUCACUUGAACAAGGCAUCUUCUCCAUGUUUGAGAAUAUCCAAAGGACUUAUACAUCAGCUAAUGAUUUGCAAAUGUUAGAUUACAGUGCAGAAAAAGAGUAUCGCAUGUUUCCUGGAGAAGAAAUAACCAUUGCCAGAGGCUAUUUAUCCGUGAUUCAAUCUUUGGCCUCUGUUCUACCACCUGGCUUGAUUCAAUUAGGCCGAAAAGUGACAAAGGUUGAGUGGCAGCCUGAUGAGUCAUUAGAAAUUGAAAAUGGUGCUAAUAAUAAGCCAGCAGUGAAGCUACAUUUUCUUGAUGGAUCAAUUAUGUAUGCAGAUCAUGUCAUAGUUACAGUCUCACUUGGAGUUUUAAAACAGGGGAUUCACAAAGAUUCUGGUAUGUUUAACCCCCCACUUGCUAGUUUCAAGACUCAAGCAAUCUCAAGGCUUGGUUUUGGUGUUGUCAACAAGGUAUUCUUGAAAUUAACUCCGACCCAUGAUGGCAUAAUGUUUCCCCACCUGCAGAUGGUCUUCCAUCAAUCAGAACCAAACCCAAAAGUUCCUUGGUGGAUGAGGAGGACAGCUAAUUUGUCUCCAAUAUAUGGCAAGUCAAAUGUUUUAAUAUCAUGGUUUGUAGGUAAAGAAGCUCUUGAGGUGGAAUCACUUGGUGAUAAGGAGAUCAUUGAUGGGUUCUCAAAAACUAUCUCCAGCUUCCUUAUAAAUUCGCAUUCUGAUGCAGGAAGUAGCUUUAAAGUGGAAAAGGUGUUAAAGAGCCAAUGGGGAACUGAUCCACUCUUCUUGGGUUCAUAUAGUUAUGUAGCAGUUGGUUCAAGUGGAGAUGAUUUGGAUGCUAUGGCUGAGCCCUUGCCAAAAACGACUACCAUUCAUUCAAAUAUUUCCCCCCCUCCACUUCAAAUUCUGUUUGCAGGAGAAGCAACACAUAGAACCCACUAUUCAACAACUCAUGGUGCUUACUUUAGUGGCCUUAGAGAAGCCAAUAGGCUUCUUCACCACUAUCAUUGUAUUGAUAUAUGAAAUAAAGUUUGUUCUCAGUGGAACCUAGGCAGUUUUGAUGCUAAAAUGGAUGGAUGCCUUUAACAAUGAGACGGUAAGUAGGGAUUCUGAAGGUUAGUGGUGGAGAAGGGUCUCGAUCUCUUAGGUUGAGACCCACACCAAAAUGAAAGGUCCCAUUCAAAAGCAUAUGAAGACAAUACAUAUACUAAGACGGUUGACCCAUAUUAGAGCUCAACAGUCCCAACUCAUUUUUUGGUACAUUAUUGGUCAUAUCUUUUCACAUAAAUUAAAUUCAAUCAUGUUUGUAACUUCAUAUAUACUUAUCAAUAAAGCAUUAAUAAAAUUCAGCAUAGAUACAGCUUAAUUAUUGCAUUGGGGUCAUAUUGUGUGUGCCGUGACUUGUUUAUCGCGCAAUAAAUCACCCACAACAGUUUUUGAUGUCAUAUAAUUCCCACUUAAAACAGCCAAACACAUAAUUAACUAACCUUUCAAGAC